CUGAUAACAACCUCUCGGCAGCGAUCUCGGAGUCAACACAACAACUUUCUUUGCGUAAAUUCGUCAGUCCACGGUUCUGUUUCAUAAUCUAACAUCAUAAUAAUCUUAGGAGUCAACAACGCUAAAUAUGGCAAGCCAGCGCCGAGUCCUCAUCACGGGUAUCAAUGGUUACAUCGCCGCGCAUACAGCGGCCACCUUUCUCAAAGCCGGGUACACCGUUCGGGGAACAGUCCGCGCAAGGACUCCUAACGUCGAGUCGCUUGUCCGCGCGCUUGACAAAUACCAUGAUGGAAACCGGCUGGAGCUAGUCGAGGUGCCAGACAUCAGCGCUAAUGGGGCAUUUGACCGCGUUGUUGAAGGCGUCCAGGCAGUAGCACACCUCGCGAGCCCCGUCUCUAUGGCCGAGACCGAUCCAGAGCCCAUGAUGCGGGCCUCCGUCCAAGGCACCACCUCCCUUCUCGCCUCGGCACUGGCCGAAUCCAAGAGAGAGCCUCGACAGAACACGCUGAAAUCAGUCGUGUUCAUGUCCACCGUCAGUGCCGUCUUCUCGGUUUCCAAACCCGCAGGACACGUCUUUACCGAGGCCGACUGGAACGAUGCCGCCGAGGAGGAAGUGCGCAGGUUGGGCAAAAACACGCCCGGGUACGUCAUCUACCAGGCGAGCAAGACCGCUGCCGAAAGGGCGUUCUGGAAAUUUGGGAAGGAAACGGCGGCUGAGUUUUCCAUGACGGCGCUAUGUCCGGCUCCCGUCCUCGGGCCACCGCUGUACCUCCCAGAUCCCAUUUCCAGCCUCAGCAUGCGCGUCAAGGAUAUCUACGACAUCCUACAUGGUGGCCCGAUACCAGAGUUCUCGCCUAUCAGGAGUACCUUUAUCGACGUACGUGAUACGGCCGAGCUGGUUCUUAGAGCGGUGGAACGGGACUCCCAGACCCCGCGUGCUCGAGAGCGCUACCUGCUUGUUGGAGAGUUGCCCAUAUCGCCCCAGGGGAUGGCCGACGUACUGAGGGCUAGCUUUCCGGAGAGACAAGACAAAAUCCGGGAGGGACAUCCUGGGGAGACAUAUCCGGAUAUGACUUGGAGGUUUGAUGCGAGUAGGGCGGGCAUGCUGCUCGGCAGGGACUGGGCUGGGUUUCAGCAGAGCGUAGUCGACAGCGCAAAGGUGUUUCUGGCAGCAGAGACUGCUUAAGGAGCCGGGCCGCAAAUUUGGUAGGAGAGAGAAGCCUCUGAGCUCCAACUAGCUUUGGGUCUCGGGUUGUAAGAGGGGGGUAAGUGCAGUGACUUGUUUGACAGCUGGACGAUGUACAUCCAUGGGAUAUUUAGGAUAUCAUUGUUACAAGAUGCAGUUUUCGUCCGUUA